AUGGACAUCCCCAUACCUGAUCAAAUUCCUUACCCUGGUGAGGAAGGAGGUCCUAAGUUGGAAGACAUUGUUGCUGCUUUACACUUACCAAGGGCAGAAAUUCACAAGGUUUGGAUUAAUAGAAGAGACUAUUCUGGGAUACCUGUGGAUUUCUUACACGAGAAGGCCAAAAUUUUUGCUAAAGCCUUAAGCAUGGAUGCUUUGGAAAGUGUUCUAACGUUGCUGAUAUAUGGACAAGUUUUGUUUCACUGUUGCGACAAAGUUGUUGAUUGGGCUGCUAUUAAGAUCUUCCUCAGCAAGAAUCCUGUUCCCACUCUACUUGGUGAUUUAUUGCAUUCCAUCAAUGCUAGAGUAUCAAAGAGACAAGGUUGUGUUCUCGGAUGUAUUCCUCUUCUGCACAAGUGGUUUAUUUCGCACUUGCCUCGAUCAAUGAUAAGGAAUGAAGAAGGUUUGACUUGGAUUCAGAGAAUUAUGAAGCUUUCUUAUGAUGAUAUCAUUUGGCAUCAAAAAGAGUUCGAGGGAAUCCAGUUAUUUGAUCGUUGCGGAGAAUUCCAUAAUGUGCCUCUUCUUGGUACCCGAGGGGGAAUCACUUACAAUCCUAUCCUUGCUCGAUAUCAGUUUGGUUUUGCUUUGAAAGAUAGGCCACAUUCCAUAUAUCUUAGUGCGGAAAACUUCGACUACGAUUCCGAUACAACCGGGAAAAAGGGCCGUUUCAUUAAAGCUUGGUACGAGGUAAAAAAGGUGGGUAUAAGAGAUUUGGGAUUAAGAAACUAUACUCCUUCAGACCUCUAUUUUAGAUGGAUUUACGAUCGAGUCGUUGAGUUUGGAAUACCAUAUCCAUCUGACACACCUGUAGUUCCAAGGAUUACUCCUCCAGUCAUUCCUGUAGAGGUGGAGCCUUAUGUACCCGCUCCGGACGAAGACCUUGCUGCCACUGUUGCUUGCUUGAGACAAGAAAAAGCUGAUCUUGAAAAGCGCUUACGUGAGGUUGAGGCUGAAAAAGCAGUGUUAGUGGCUGAUGCCAAAGAGCGAGACGGUAUGCUUGACUAUUUCUCCCGUAAAUGGAAGAUCGAAGAUUUUAUCUCUCCAGAUCAGAUACACUCAUGGGAACAAGAGAUUGAUAGGCUUGUUCAGGAAAGGAACAAAAUGAUCAAAGCUCAUAAGGAAGAGAUCAGGAGUUUGAAAAGGAAGCGCCGACUUGAAGAUUGA